CAACGACAAACCACCUACCCCACAAUGGUCUACGUCGAGCGCGAACUGUCGUCGUUCCAGCUGCCCGCCGGCGCACCCGCAGCCGGCGCGACCGCCACCUCCUUCUCGCUCGUGUCGUCGCCCAAGGCACCAUACAAGGACUUCGUCUACACUCUCGAGUUUCCCCUCGCCAACGCGCUCCGCGUGACUCUGACUGGUCCGGACCGCCCCCUUCCGCCGCAUGACAACGUCGUGCUCAAGUACACGCCUGUGCCGUUCACCAUCGCGCUCCUCAACGAGCGCACGUGCGAAGCUGUCAUCCCCUUCCCCGAGGUUGGAGCGGUCGACCUCGACGGCGCCAACAAGAAACGCGAGCUCCGCCUCAACUGGGCCGACUCGAUCCUCCUCGAGAUCUGGGAGGACGAUGGCGCGGGCAACAAGGUCCGCGUCUGCGGCGACCUCUCGGCCAGGUCAUAUGCGCUCACGGAGCACGGCGUGAUGCGCCACUGGUGGAUCGAGCGGGACAACCUCCAUCUCGGACUUGGCGAGAAGGCCGGCCCCAUCGACCUCACGGGACGCAGCUUCCAGAUCACGGGCUCCGACUCGGCAUGCUACGACGCGUACGAGACCGACCCGCUGUACAAGCACACGCCGUUCCUCAUCUCCACGCCAAGGGCCGAGGCCGGUGGCCAGCCAAGGUCGACCUACGCCAUCUACCAUGCGACCAACUCGAAUGCGCUGUGGGACAUUGGCCGCCACCAUGACGACCCCUGGGGCUACUUCAAGACGUUUACCCAGGACUGGGGAGGACUCGAGGAGUGGUACCUCCUCGGCAAGGGCGUCAAGCAGGUGACGCGCACGUGGGCCGAAAUCGUCGGCAAGCCCAUGCUCGUCGGCCGCGACUGGCUCGGAUACCUUGCCUCUGGAAUGGGUCUCGGCGAGAGUGACGAGCCGAUUGCGCAGGAGCUGCUGUCCGAAUGGCCAGAGCUGUGUAAGAAGCAUGACAUCCCAUGCUCUGCUAUUCAUUUCUCGUCUGGCUACACUGUCGACCCCGAGACUGGCAACCGCAACGUGUUCACGAUGAACACGAAGAGAUAUCCAGACUUCAAGGGGCUCGUCGGUGGCCUUCACAAGGCGGGUAUCAAGGUUGUCCCAAACAUCAAGCCUUAUAUGCUCAACAUUCACCCCCAAUACGCCAAGGUGCAUGACAACGACGGCCUGUUCUGGGACGACCACGUCAAGGCACCUGCGCAGACGCGUAUCUGGUCCUCGGGUAUCGGUUGCAACGGCAAGGGCAGCUGGGUUGACAUGACGAGCGCCACCGGACGUCAGUGGUGGGCUGAUGGCGUCAAGAGCCUGAUCGACGCCGGCAUGGACGGCAUGUGGAACGACAACAACGAGUACUCGCUGCACGACGACGAGUUCCUCGCGCACAACGACUUCCCUCACCAGUUCGCCUCGCCAGCCGCACCAGGCAACGCCAAGGUCGGCCUCCUGGGCCGCAUGAUCAACACCGAGAUGGUCGCCAAGACUUCUCACGACACGCUGCUCGCCGCCAACCCCGAUCGCCGGCCGUACGUUCUCACGCGCUCGGGUAACGUCGGCGCGUUCAAGUACGCCUGUGGUACCUGGACGGGCGACAACGAGACGAGCUGGAAGAACCUGCGUGGUUCGCAGCCCAUCCAGCUCAACUGCGGUAUCUCGCUCAUGCAGUCCACUGGCUCGGACAUUGGCGGCUUUGGCGGCCCCCUCCCCUCUCCCGAGCUCUUUGUCCGCUGGGUUCAGCUCGGCGUGACGCACGCACGAUUCUGCAUUCACGCGUUCAAGCCGUCCAAGGACGACCCCUCUGGGGCGUCCGCCACCAACACGCCUUGGAUGUACCCCGCUGUCCUGCCCCUCAUCCGCGACGCGAUCAAGUGGCGCUAUGCCUUCCUCCCGUACUUCAACUCGCUCAUGUGGGGCUCGCACGACGACGCCGAGCCGACCAACUCGUGGCUCGGCUGGGGAGACUUUGCCUCCGACCCCAAGGUGUACACCGACGCCGUGCUGAACGGGUUCGACGCAUGGAUCGGCGCGGGACAGCUGCUUUCCGCACCAGCGCUUUUCGAAGGCGAACUCACGCGUACCGUGUACCUCCCCAAGGCGUCGGCUUCGGACGAGUCGCUCUACUUCGACCUGCACGCCCCCCACGGCCGCCACGUCGCCGGCUCGACGGUGACCAUUGCCACGCCGCUCGAGCACAUGGGUCUCCUCGCGCGUGAGGGCGCCGCCAUCCCAAUUGGCAAGGACUACCACACCGUCACGCAGCGUACCGGCCCGGCGCGUACAACGCCAGACGGCGUUGACAUCGAGCUGGAGGAGGAGGGCGGCGUUGUCGGCCUCGACGACUUCCGCGGCGUCCUUAUCUUCCCCGGCGACAAGGGCAGCCACACGCGCACCUGGACCGAGGACGACGGUAUCUCGCGUGCUCCCGGCCGCGCCGACAUCCAAAUCACGUACACUGCCGCCGAGGAGAUUGCUGUCGAGGCAAAGUUCACGACGCACGACUUCAAGCCCCUGUGGGGCCGCGAGCUGCACGUGUUCCUCCCGGUGGGCGAUGUGCGCAGCGUCAAGGGUGGCAAGAAGGUGGAGCGCGACGGGCGUGUCGCGUACGUUGUCGAGGUGUUGUAGCAUGAUCACAAGAUCACAAGUAGAAAGUAGCAGGACAAUCAAUGCAAGGCAUUGCAACGGG